AUGGCCACUCAAAUCCAACCAGCCUAUCGCCUCAAGUGCUCCUGCAACCAGUAUCCAUGGGGCAAGCAAGGCUCCGAAUCCAUCUCCGCCCGACUAUGUAAGAAGCAGCCAGGCUGGGAUGGCGAUGGCCCUCAGGAAGACUUCAAGAUCGAUGAGGAGAAGGCCUAUGCUGAGAUGUGGAUGGGCACCUACCCGGUGCUGCCCAGCUACGUGGCCGAUACUGGAGAGGACCUUCAAGACGUGAUUGACAGGCAUCCCCAGGAAUUACUCGGCGAGGAGGUGAUUAAGAAGUUUGGACAUUCGAAGCUGCCAUACCUGCCUAAGGUCCUGUCCAUCUCGAAAGCUCUGCCGCUGCAGCUCCAUCCCAAUAAGGACGUCGCCAGCAAGCUCCACAAGGAGAAACCAGAUGCUUUCACGGAUCCCAACCACAAGCCAGAGAUUGCCCUAGCAUUAGGCAAGUUCGAGGCCUUCUGCGGAUUCAAACCUCUCGCGGACAUCGCGGAGCUACUGAAAAUCGACGCCCUCCAACGUUUCUCUCCCCAUGAUCAGCUAUCAAACUUCACCAACGACAAGCUCAAAGAAGUCGUUCGCAAAAUGCUCACCACCAGCGACGAAGACGUCCGUUCAAUCUACAAAGCCCUCACAUCCCUCCCAGAAUCCAAGUUCGGCAAAGACACCUACAUCCCCAACCUCGCCCAGCGCCUAGCAGAGCAAUACUCCUCAGCAGACCCCGGCAUCCUCGUCGCCCUUAUAACCAUGAACUACCUAGUCCUCAACGCCGGCGAGAGCAUCUGGAUCCCCGCCGACGGCAUCCACGCCUACCUGAGCGGAGACAUCAUCGAAUGCAUGGCGCGUUCCAACAACGUGCUCAAUACUGGUUUCUGUCCCCGCGCCAAGCGCAGCAAUGUCGACCUCUUCUGCGAAUGCCUGACGUUCUCGCCUCACUCCGCGGAGGAGCGUCUGUUGAAGCCGAAGCCGUACUCGAGGAGUAAAAAUGGCAAGACGCAGCUAUAUGCGCCGCCGAUGAGCGAGUUCGAUAUGUUGCAGACGGAGCUGAAGGCUGGUGAAAGCGAGGAAUUAGGUGCCAGUAGUGGACCUAGUAUCAUCAUCGCUAGUAACGGGAAUGCGUCGAUGAAAGUCUGCGGCAAGGCCUUUGAUUUGAACGAGGGCUUCGUGUAUUUCGUCGCUCCUGGUUCGGAAAUUGAGCUGGACAGCAAAGGUGGUCUGCUGAUGCACACUGCUUUUGUUGAGGGCGCUACGAAGUGA